AUGAGUGUCUCGAUUGGUUCGGAUGGAAAUGUCGGUGAUGAGACGGAAUACACCAAACAGGAAGUAAUGAAAGUUGUCCUCGGCCAGGACGACGGUAAGAAGGUCGAGAAGGAAGACCAGAAUGCGCUGUUGGUGCAAACAUUGAUCAAGCAGAAUGAGAUGCUGAUGAGCAUGUUAGCACAGAAGGGUAAACAACCGGCGGAGGUGUACGUUCCACCCGAUUUGUCUAAAACGUUGCCUACGUUCAACGGAAAGUGUAAACCACAUGAGGCUGCUGACUGGUUGAGCACGCUAUGUGGAGUGGCAGAAUUACAUUGUUGGUCCGACGCACUCAAGUUGGAGGCGGCGAGAGUGAAUGUAGAUGGGCCAGCACGACAGUGGUAUAUUGGUCGGAAAUUUGUCUCAUGGACAGAAUUCGAAAAACAAUUUAAAUCGACGUUUGUAAGAAACGUUAAUAUUGGCAGUCGAUGGAAAGCGUUGACAGCUCGUGUGCAAAGCAGGAACGAAAGCAUUUUGGAUUACUACCACGAGAAAAUUCGGUUGUGCCGAGAUCUGGAACUGGAUUUCUUUAAUACAAAGGAACAGUUUUUAGAGGGUGUCCAAUCGAAAGAAUUGUUCCAGCAUUUGUUAAGUCGUACACAUAACGAUGAAGAUGAAUUGUUGUUUGAUAUCAUGGACUACUCACGUAUAGUAGAGCAGAGGAGUGGACGGUUUCAGAGUAAACCUUUUUUUUCAAGUUCAAAUGAAAAGCCGAUACCCAAGGUGGAAGGUUCUAAACAACAAGCAGAAAGUGUAAGUGGAGCAAGUCAAAAGGGUGUGUUGAUGUCAACGAAUCGCAUAUGUUUUAACUGCGGGUCCAGAGCGCACAUCGCACCAAGUUGUCCAGUUCCAGCCAGGCCAAAGGGAGCAUGUUAUGGAUGUGGUUCCACGAGACAUCAGCGGUCUACUUGCCCAGAACGUGAGAAAACAAGCAAGGAUGCAAGUAAGGAAGGAUCUCAUGGGCAGAACGAGCAAAGGUGUACCGGAGCAUCAGGAGAAAUCAGAUUAUUGGAGCCGGCGUAUUAUGUAAGGGUAAGUGUUCAAGUGGGCGAUGAUAGUUGUAUAAUCGAUGCUGUAAUAGAUAGUGGUAGUCCGAUUUCUUUGAUCAAGUCUCAUAUUGUUAAAACUAGUAACAGACAACCUUUUGAAAAAGACAUUUUCAUUUCUGGUAUUAAUGGAUCACAAUUGAAUAUUGAGGCAGUCGCUAAUACUACAGUCUCAUUAGUCGAUUACAAUAUAAGUAAGGAACAAGUAUUUUAUGUGGUAGAUAAUCAAACCAUGUCAGCUGAGUGCUUGCUGGGUAGAGAUUUUAUUAAAGGGAUGGAUAUUUGGUUUGGUGAAGCUGGUAGGAUGACAGUAAAUACAAAAUAUGGAAUAGGUAAGGAUAAUGACUUUCUGGAUAAUCUAGGAUUAAUCGAGUAUGAGGUUGGAGAUGAUGUUGAAUUAAAUGUAGGUGAGGUCCCGUUUAUGGAUAAAUGUAAACUGAUGGAAGUGUAUAAUAAUUGUUACAAAAAAGCUUUGAAACCGGAGGCCCCAGAAUUAAGCUAUGAGGUUAACAUAAGCUUGAAAGACCAUACUCCUUUUAAUUACAGACCUCGAAGAUUGUCGUAUGCGGAGAGGGAUGCGGUGAAGGAUAUAAUUUGUGAGUUGUUAGAUCAGGGCAUUAUUAAGGAAAGCAAGUCUGAAUUUUGUUCACCCAUAGUUUUGGUGAAAAAGAAAGACAAGACAUAUCGUAUGUGUGCUGAUUUGAGAGAGUUAAAUAAAAGGGUAGUAAAGGAGCACUAUCCGAUUCCUCAUAUAGAUGAUUUGUUGGACAAGUUAAGGGGAAAAAUAUUCUUUACCAAGUUGGAUUUAAAAAAUGCAUAUUUUCAUGUUAGGGUAUCUGAGCAGUCGUCAAAGUAUCUUUCAUUUUCAACAUUUUUAGGACAGUAUGAGUAUGUGCGAUUACCGUUUGGUUAUUGUAAUAGUCCUUCAGCGUUUAUGAGAUUUAUUGAAACGGUAUUUAAAGAGUUAAUAAGAUCUGGAAGGUUAUUGGUAUAUUUGGAUGAUUUACUGAUAGCCACAGAAACCAUAGAAGAAAAUUUGGAGAUAAUAGAAUGUGUAUUAAUGGCAUGUAAUAACAAUUUGCUUGAGUUGAGAGAAGAUAAAUGUUUUUUUCUUCAGUCAAGGAUAACAUAUUUGGGCUAUGUGGUUGAUAGGGAGGGAGUAAGACCUGAUCCGGCUAAUGUAGCAGCAGUGACACAGUUCCCAAUUCCUAAGUCAAUAGCCAAUGUACACAGUUUUAUAGGACUGGUCAGUUAUUUUAGAAGGUUUAUUGAAAAUUUUUCCAUUUUGGCAGCACCAUUGUAUGCACUGUUGAAAAAGGGAGCUCAAUUUAAGUUUGGAGAGAAAGAGUUACAGGUCUUUGAACUAUUGAAAAAUAAGUUAGUACAAAUGCCAAUUCUGGCAUUAUAUUCCCCGAAGGCUGAGACAGAGAUACAUUGCGAUGCUAGUGCUUUAGGUUAUGGUGUAAUACUAUUACAGAAACAGGAAGAUGGUUUAAUGCACCCUGUGUUUUAUUAUAGUAAGCGAACCACUGAGGUUGAAGCUAAGUAUCAUAGUUAUGAGUUGGAAUGUUUGGCAUUAGUGUAUGCUGUAAAACGUUUUCAUGUUUACCUAAAUGGGAUUAAGUUUAAAGUGUUCACUGAUUGUGAGAGUUUUAAGUUGACAAUGAACAAAAAAGAUUUGAAUCCCAGGAUAGCAAGAUGGGCGUUAUUAUUCCAAAACUAUGAUUUUAGUAUUGAACAUCGUGCGGGUAGUAAGAUGAAACAUGUUGAUGCGUUAAGCCGGAAUACCAAUAUAUUAGUAUUAACUGAAAAUACUUUUGAGCAAACAUUGUCAAUCAAACAAAUUGAGGAUAGAGAUAUUGGCAAGUUAAAAGAGAGGUUGAGUAAGUCAGAGGAUAAGUACUUUGAAAUGAGGAAUGGCUUAGUAUAUAGGAAAUACAAAGGUGAACUAUUAUUUUAUGUCCCAAGUAGUAUGGAAGCCAAUGUAAUAAGGUCUGCGCAUGAAGAAUAUGGUCAUUUGGGGAUGGAGAAAACGAGCGAAGUGAUUUUGAGAACUUUUUGGUUUCCUAAUUUAAGGGAAAAAGUUAAAAAUUUUAUUUCAAAUUGCUUGAAAUGUAUUUCAUAUUCCCCAGUUUCUGGUAAAAAGGAGGGUGAGCUGCACCCUAUUCCUAAGACUCCAAUACCGUUUGAUACAAUUCAUAUUGACCAUUAUGGUCCGCUUGAAAAGACUGGUAAGAAGAAUAAAUAUUUGUUUGUUAUAAUUGAUGCAUUUACAAAGUUUGUUAGAUUAUACCCCUGUAAAACUACUAACACGGUGGAAGUAACUAAACAUAUGAGUGACUACUUUAGAUGUUAUAGUAAACCAAGACGGGUAGUGUCAGACAGAGGUGCAGCUUUCACAUCCAAUGCAUUUAAGGAAUUCCUAACUCAGAGAAGGAUAGACUUGGUACUAGUGGCAACUGCAACACCUCGGGCGAAUGGGCAAGUCGAAAGAGUGAACCGUUGUAUAACUGCAAUGUUGGCGAAAAAGACAGUAGCCUUAAAUAAGUGGGACAGAGAGUUGGAUGAGGUGGAGUAUGCGUUGAACAAUAUGUCAUGUGCAUCGACGGGUGAGGCUCCGUCUAAAUUAUUGUUUGGAGUACAUCAAGGUGGUACAAUGGAGUAUGAGUUCAGGAGGUUGUUGUUGGAAGUUGAUAAAGACAGGAAUUUGGAGGAAAUGAGGAGGGAAGCUGAAGAUAAUAUAUCAAAAAGUCAAUCAUAUAGUAAAACAUACUAUGAUGAGAAACAUAAAAAGCCUACCUUGUAUAAAAAAGGAGAGUUUGUUAUGAUAAAGAAUACAGAUGUAAGUGUGGGUGUAAAUAAAAAACUAAUACCCAGGUUUAAAGGUCCAUAUAUAGUUGAUAAGGUGUUACCAAAUGAUAGGUUUAUAGUAAAAGACAUUGAGGGUUUCCAACAUACUCAGGUACCUUAUGAGGGUGUGAUUAGUUCUGAUAAUAUGAGACAUUGGGUUAGAGGGGUAAAUAUAUAA